CCCACUGAAAAACAGCUCCUGACCAGUCGGGUGCAGAUUGAGGAACAUAAACGUGACAUAGGCCGCCAAAAGAGUAUCAGAAAGCAACUUUGCUGCCCUUGGUCGUUUAAUUAUUUAGGAGACGGGUAGUGUGGCGAAAGUUUUGAUCAUGUGGAACUUCAAAUGUUUAAUAGGUGUCCUCGUUACAGCAACAGUUUCAACAGGAAUCACGAAGAGGCAGAUAGUCGGAUUACCACCGGAGCCACUUCCAGAUAUUGGUGGUGAGGGUACAGUAGAUGACUCCAAUGAUGCUAUUUUGGAUAAAAAUGAUGGUGGUAAAUUGAGUAAGCCAGGUGAUGAUAGAAUGCGUACGCCUAACGAUGCUGCGCAAGAGCCAAACGAUGCUGCACAAGAGCCAAACGAUGCUGCACAAGAGUCAGAUAAUGGUUCACCAGAUAAGCCAGAUGAUGAUACACUGGAUAAGCUUGAUGACGACACACCUAUUGAACCAGACAAUGAUACAUUGGAUAAGGCUGGUAAUGACACACCGGAUAAGAAAAAAGGGUGGAGAUAUGGCUGGUACAGACGCCUUAAACAUCGCGCAUAUAAAUAUCUCAAGAAGCAAAAAGUAAGGCCGAUCGAGAACGUCGUUGGUAAUUUUGACAAAAAGGCACAUUAUUAACAGGCUAUGAGCUGGGAACAGCGAAAGAAAUAAAAAAUUAAAAACGAUUAAUAUCGAAUAUUAAUAGAAGACAAACAUAAAGGAUCGACAAACUGACAAUUUAUUCUCUGGCGUUAAAGGUUUUAUACUGC